ACGCGCAUGCGCGUAUAGAUUGGUCUGUUCAACCUCACUGAUUUCCGUCGCAGCCCUCUGUGAAUUCUUUGGUCAGGCUUGCAUCGUUGGUUAGCAUCGUGUUUUAUUGAAUCAGAUGGUAAAUAGACAACGGAGUGUAUACGGAUUAUAAAGCCGGACAACGCAGCCAAGAACGAACAUUCAUGGAUGCUCAAGCGGAACAACGUCGACAUUAAAGCAAGAAACGAACCAGUUUGCGAGCGGGCAAGAGGUGGACUUGGGUGGACUACGAAAGCGUCGACAGAGUCCUACAAGUCAUUCUCGUUAUUUGGACAUACCGAUAUAUUAGGAAAUGUUCAGUUUCUUGCGCAGCUAUACCCGCCGUGAACAUUUAUUUUCCAUAAAAAGGAAUUAAUUUUAAUCAAAUGUGAGUGGCUUAUUUCUUCUUCUGACGGUAAAAGAAAAUGGUUAGAUAGCAGAAAGAUGAGACGAUAUGGGACAUGAAAUGGAAAUGAUACGUGAGACGAGAGAAUUUCCACCGGGAGCAAUUCCGAGACUUACGUCGUUACUCGGCUCCCCUACGUUCCGAUCGAUUGCGUCUCGCGUAAUCGUGACGUAAAAGUGUACGUUGCCUUCAGACUUAUUUUUCAUAAAAGAGAUGUAAUUUUGAUCGAUUGGGAGUGAUAACUUAUUUCUUGGAAAAAAAAAGAAAAGAGCAAUCAGGUAUGAGCAUUCAAUACACUUCCCAUCGGGAGAUCUGGUCUUCACGUUUUCUAUGAAAUUUUCUAUGAGGUCUGAUUAGCCUCGGACAUCUUGCUCGUUGCGUCACAGAAGGGUGUGAUGCGACAGAGAGACAACGUUAUCGAGGUGAAUCGCGGCUGAUAGUGACGUAAUCGCGCAUUCGUGAAUAUAUUGGGUAUAAACGCGAUAAUAAACAAGGACGUCCGAAAGUGUCAAAUAGUUUUUUUUUUCUAUCAAGAGUGAAAGAGCGAGAAAUGCAGUGAUUUUAGGGAGGUCCCUUUUUUUUCCUUAAAUUCGAGAAUCGCCAAUGGACACGCUCACGUCUCUCGGUGUGUUACAUAAAUAGAACCAUCGAGAAUCAGGGCGCGCCGCGGCAGCAGGGGGAGGAUUCCAGUGGCGGAGUGAUAAUAACGCUGACAGGAGAGGGGCGCUCUCGGUUCUGAUUGGUUGGACGAAUCGGUCACGCGGGAUGGGCUGGCGAAGACGCGCACGUGGACGAUCUCGUGUCCGAGUCCCGGUCCACGUCCAGAAAUGCGGUAAAACUUCCUGAGCAUCAGCAAAAUGAUUUAUGAGCGCUGGAGGAUGGAAUCUUAUUCACACAUGGCUCACCGAUGGCAUCCUUGCUAAGAAUUGGGCUCUCAUUCAAGAACUUCUCGAGCUUUUGCUGCUCUGUCCAGUAGAUAUCGAAAGACUGAAAAGUAAUAAUUGUCCAAAGUUGAUCAAGGGUUUGUCAAAGGAAGGUAGUCACCAAGGUGUUCGGACAUUGGCCAGCCGUCUCGUGGAGCAAUGGCUAAAAAUUGUAAAGGGAGAAGCAGCGCCAAACUCUGUGCCAGCUCAAAUCAUGACUGUUCCAGCGCAGUCAAAUGCUACUGUUAGCCAGUCUGCGAUUAUUCCUUCAUCGCAGCAACAGCACUCUACGACUAUUCAGCAAACCAUAGAUACUACUGAAAAUGCAACCGUUCAUGUGCAGGACUUUAAGCUCGCGCAACAAUCUAUCGCGAGUACUUCAAUAAAUCAAGAUCAAGAGAGGCAGCAACAACUGCAGGAAAGGUUACAGCCACAAACGGUGCAAGUCAUCGGUAAAGGACAAGGACAACAGCAAGUAACGCAACAACAAUGUAAAAAGCAAUCUUUUGUUGUUGUAUCGACGUCCUCGACACUGCCGGUUUACAAAAUUACUAUUCGCGAUGGCAAUCAGGUCCUUGCGAAGGUAGAGACGGAUGCCGCGAAUAUAAAUAACAUCCUAAAUGCAACUAUUACGGAUAGUGAACACAUCUCGGACGCUACGCAACAAGUGAAGACAGGAGUGGAGGAGUUAGACGAGACGGUAGAAAACGGCAGUGCAGCUAGUGGUCGGGACGAUGUAGUAGAUGUUAUACAAUCAGACGAUUCAGGACAUGUUCCUAGUGAAGUGAAACAAACUGUAGUUAGUUCUAAAGACAAUCAGGAAGAUAGCGAAGGUGUUAAAAGUAAAGACAUUAAAGACUCUAAGGACAUUAUUAGUAGUGAUAGCGGUAAAUCUAGUGACAAAGAAAAUAGGGACUCUCAUAAAAAAGAUGAUAAAAAGUCUAGCAGUUCCGACAAGAAAAGUAGUCAUCAUAGCUCAUCCUCGUCUUCGUCAUCGUCAUCUAAGAGCUCUAAGCAUGGCACAAGUUCCAGUGCACAUCGUAGCGGCUCUACAUCUCAUAAAUCUAGUAGUCACCGUUCCAGUUCUAGUAGUAGUUCUAAAAAUUCUAGCAAAGAUAGGUCUUCCAAGGAUAAGGAUAAACAUCACUCCAGCUCAUCUAGCAAACACAGCUCAAGUAGGAGUAAAUCCGAGCGAGACAAAGAACGGGAGAAGGAAAGGGAGAAGCAGAAGAAGGACCAAGCAGAAAAGGACAAAGCAACUCUGGAGAAGGUACAGGGUCAAGCGUUGAGUUCCAAAUUGGGCAAGAUACCGAAGAAGAAAACAGAAGAUGAGAAGUCGGGCGAUGCGAGUGGAAGAAAGUCUUCGAUCGAGUCGCGCGACGGUUCGAAAGAAAAUAAGGAGAAAGUGGAUUCGAAGAAGGAUACCGUUGCGACGAAACUCAUUACUGAAAAGAAGAAUAUAUCCAUUUCUAUUGAGAAUAGAAAAAAUAGCCAGGACUCGGGGACACGACCGAAAACGGUGAAGACGUUUAACUCGAAAUUCAGAUCCACGGGCCUAGAGGAAGAAGUAAAACCGCCACCACCUAGAUCGAAGAAAGCAGUUCCUGUUGUCGAUAAGAAGGUUCUACCUCCGAAAUUGCCCGUGAAGAGGCCAUCACCAUUGAGGGACGUUCCAUUGGUGGAGAAACGUGCGAAGAUACUGGAUUCACCAACAACCCCACCAAGCGAUGAGAAGAAGGGAGGGAUUAAGCUGAUUCCGGCAAAACCUAAACCAAUGAUGCUACAAGAAAGCGACAUGUUCAUGGAUGCUCUCACCGCGUCUACCAAAAGCAAAGAACCGAGGAAGCGCAAGCGGAGGGCUUCUAUUACGAAGGAGGGGUCCUCGGAAGCUAAGAAACAAGAAGUUACUAAUGCCGAUAAUCGCGAGAGCACGCCGCCACCUGCUUCGCCUUCGAAUACCGAGGAGAAAUCGCCGGUCGCUAUCAAACCUAAUUUUAAGUUCUAUCAAGACACGCUGGAAAUAGAAGAAGACAAAGAUCAAAGAGAAAAAGAAAUCGAAGAUGAAUCAAAGAGGGAUAAGGAUCAAAUGCUUGAUGAAGAAAAAGACAAUAGAGAUGAUGAUGAUAGUAGAAGUAAUACACCGACGCCCGAAGAAGAUGUGGAAGAAAUAAAAGACGUAGAAUCACCAGAAGAUGCAUCUUCGGUAGUUUCGGAUUCAGGGAAAAAGGACAGCUACCCCGAAAUACGAUAUGUAGACGGGCUAAAGAGUGUACUGCUACUUCAAAAGCGUAAAGGGCCGAAAAAGGUUUUGAAAUGGAAGACAGAUCUAGAAUCUAUACGCUACUUCGAAUUGGACGAAACGGAAAGGGUUAACGUGACAAAGACGUUUACUGACAUGAAGCAGAUGGAAAAGCAAAACGAGAGAGAAGCAUUCCAGAUGGCUAGAAAAUUAAAUACUGAAGAUUUAAUGGAAGAAAAAACGAGAUGGAAACCUUUAAUUCCGGUUGAUCUACCACCUCCUUUAGUGGAACCUGGCAAGGACAGCAAAGAAAAGGAUGUUCAGUAUGCCCGCGAGAAAGGCAUUCUUCAAGCUCUUUACUUUAAUCGAAGCAUGAUUCCAGACUCUGCGGCUGAACCUGAUGAAGAACGGCAUCAUGUAAUGACUGAUCCCAAAAUCAUACCAUUAGAUGAUCUUACGGGCAAUAAAGAGAGCGAAAAGGACUUUACAGCAGUCCCGUGGCCAGAACCUAAGCCACAACCUCCGCAACCAUCAACUGUAACAACGUUCCACUAUCCAACAACGUAUCCGCACAAUCAACAAAAUAUGCUAACAACUAUGGGGCCUCAAUCGACAAUGGGUCCCAUGCCGCAGAUACCCCAACAAAUGAUGGCUCCCACGCACAUGGCUCCUAUGUCUCAGGAGAUAGCGGCACCAAUACCAACCGCCGGUGGUGGCGGUUGGAGAACGGGUGACGGCAAAGUCCUUGUACCGGACGUUGCUAUGAACCCGAUGGCAAAUAUGUCGGGUGGUUUUAAUCAGGGAAUGGAGGGCGGGCCCAUGGUUCCACCGGGAAUGAUGGGACCACCACCCAUGUACAAUCAGGAGAACUACGGCAUGAUGUGUCCAGAUGACAUGGGAUACAAUAAUUUUCAAGGCCCACCCGGACCGAUGUACGGUCCUGGGCCUAACUUUCCAGGUCCGAGAGGCGCCCAUAUGCACAACAGAGGUAGAGGUGGUCCUGGCUGGGGAUAUCGAGGACCUGUUAGAGGCGGUUGGAGAGGCGUCGGUGGUGGAUGGCGAGGAAGUGGUAAACAACCUCCGGUAUGUAGACAGUUUUCGAAAAAUGGUUAUUGUCGUGUCGGUGACAAAUGUCAGUACCUUCAUCCCGGUGUAAACUGUCCGCCGUUUUAGUUGUUGAACUGAGUGGGACUGAAACAGUGAUAUCGAUUAUAUUGGAUGCUAGUGGGAUUGAAUGCUAAUUGAAUGAUAUUGAAAGAAUGUCUUCAACUGAAGAAGGAAUCGCCCAAAAAAUGACGAAAAGAAGAGUGGGAUUACGAUUGGCAGCGUUUUAGUUGUAUACCUAGUAUUGAAGACCUCCCUUAGGACUAUCGUGCUGAUGACAAUUUGCUUGGCGAAAAAAGCAGAUUUAAGUGUACACGCGAACAAUGCGUGGCAUGCAAAGUGAUUACUCUUAAUGUGCAAUUUUUUUUUGUUUUUUUGCAUGACUACAUGAGUAGAAUUUUUACCUGAUAAUACUCGAUGUGUUCAAAAGUUAUGUAAAUAUAAUGACAUUUUAAUGAAUGCGAUAUAAAUUUAUAUAUAUAUAAUUGUCGCAGCAUUCAGUAUGAUCGAUUAUAAGCGUAUUAUAUAAAAUUGAAUUGUAUCCAUGCCAGGUUUACAUCGGCUGCUGGACAGCAGAGCAUUUUUUCCAGAUGACUCAAAAUGUCGAGACUGCAAAUGUAAUGCCUCUUUUCAAUUCCAUUUAAAUUCUUUCAUAUUACGCUCUUAUAUAUAUGUACCAUGGAUAUUUAAGUACAAGACAUUUUUUCUUCCCCUUUUCAUUAUUUUUCAUUUAUGUUUAUACGAGACUACGGCCGAAAUUAUGGUUCUAUACAUAUUUCUAAAGAAUGCGAUUUAAAAAAUUGCAAAGAAAAUCGAAUUAUACAUGAUGUAACAGUUAGUAUUCCUGAGAAUUAUGCUUUAUAUUUCCAUUGCUUUUUAUACUUACAAUAAUAAAAUAAUGAAAUUCGAUAUUAAUAAUAUUCGAUCGAUCAAUAAGAUUCUUCUGAUGGAACAGGUAGAGUCUUAAUAUAACAAGCUCAUAUUUUGAAACAUGGUACUGCGUCUAAAAAGUCUAACAAAAAAAAAGGAUAAGCAGGACAAGUUCAUAAUUUUUAUCAUAAUAUUUGUGUAGAUUCUUUGUAAAUAUGUUUGCAUAAUAUAUAAACAAAUUAUUCUCUAUAUAAUGAUAGACUGUUAGAUUUAGUUGCGUAACGAUGAAAAGACCAGAAUGGUAAUAUUUAAUGAGAAUCAUAUGUACAUGUCUUUUGAAAUAGAGGUUAUAACGAUCUGAUAUUAUUUGAACUGAUUUCCUCGAGUUUGAUGUACAAAAUCAUGUAACAAUACUUUGUAAUCUGAACUGUCAUGGUAGUUGCAAGUUUUUUACCGAGUAAGAUGAUUAAGUACACUUUUUUGUAUAUGGUUGAUCGUUAUGUUUGUAUAUAACAUGUUGUAUAAGCGUUGCUUAAUGAAAAUACAUCAGUCAUAAUUAUUUU